CUUUCCUUAAUAAUUCGCAGAGCGACUGGGGGCUUCUUUCGAAAGCUCGAUCGAUUUCUCCUGCUGCUGCAACGCAAUAGUGAGUGCCCUAGCUGCAGUGGUGCCGACUCGGCGACUAUCUCCGUCUGCGGACGGACCGGCGAAAGACAGUGGCCACCUCCCCCACGGUAUUCUACCCAAGCAUCUGCACGGUCGAGGUCCCUUUCACUUUAUAUGGCCGGUAGGUCAAGAAGAUCCUUGUCAAGUUCAAGAUCAAGAUCAAGGAGCCGUUCAAGGAGUUAUGAUUCAAGUGAUUCCGAGAACCCUGGAAAUAAUUUAUAUGUCACUGGGCUGUCCACUCGAGUCACCAAGAAAGAACUUGAGAAGCAUUUUUCUAGUGAAGGGGGAACGGUGGUGGAAACCCACCUGGUUGUUGAUCCUCGCACCAGAGAGUCUCGCGGGUUUGGGUUUGUGACAAUGUCGACGAAUUCAGAAGCUGGUCGGUGUGUCAAGUAUCUGAACCGUUCCGUCCUUGGUGGUCGAGUUAUCACUGUGGAGAAGGCAAGACGAAAGCGAGGCAGAACUCCAACACCUGGGCGAUAUCUGGGUGUAAAUACAGUCAGAGUGAGGCGCCGGUCUCCAAGCUAUUCACCUUAUGGUCGUUCUGGUUAUGAUUCUGGGAGAGAUCGUUCUUAUUCUCCUAACAGCAGACGUGGGAGGGAAAGAUACAGAUCAACGUCUCGUUCCCGUGACAGUCGCUCUCCAUAUGGAUCGCGCCACCGGUCUUAUUCUGGAGGCAGCCGAUCGCCCUACGCCAGGCGACACAGGUCAUACUCCCGUGAUAGCAGGUCUCCAUAUGAUCGUGACAGGCGAGAACGAUCAAGAUCAUAUUCACCCUACCGCAAAGGAGGGAGGGAGCGGUCACGUUUUUCUUAUGGUCGGCGCGGCCGUUCAACUUCGUAUGGAAGGCAUAAGAGAUCUGCUUCCCGGAGUAUUUCACCCCGGCAAAGUUCGAGGGACCACCGCAGGAGCCCUUCAAGGAGCCUCUCACCAAGGAGCCGCGGCCGAAGACCAAGCGUCAGCUCGCGUUCUAGGUCUUAAUCUUCAUCCUUUUGACACGAAGAUGUUCCUAUCAUUUUACUUUUUUCCGUACAGCACGUUUGAUUCCAAAUUUGCGUUUGGAGGAUGUUGUGUUUUCUUUGCAUUUUCCAAUUGUUUUUUGGAUGUGGCGCA